GCAAUUGGGAGUCGAUGGUAGCCUAGCACCAUAAACAGAGUCGUUACUCCACUCACACUGCUCUCUCUGUGUAGGCUACUACUUACUUGGGUGAGAAUCGGGAUUGAAAGGGAGAGAGACAAGGAGAAGAGAAAUGGAGGACAAAGUGGUGAAGUCGAGGUUCAAACGGGUCUGUGUCUUCUGUGGGAGUAGUACUGGAAAGAGAAACUGCUAUCGAGAUGCUGCCCUCGAAUUAGGCCAAGAGCUUGUUUCGAGGAGGCUGAAUCUUGUUUAUGGCGGUGGGAGUAUUGGGUUGAUGGGUUUGGUCUCUCAAGCUGUUCACCGUGGUGGCGGCCAUGUUCUUGGGAUCAUCCCCAAGACUCUCAUGUCCAAAGAGAUAACAGGGGAAACUGUGGGGGAAGUGAAACCUGUAGCCGACAUGCACCAAAGGAAAGCUGAGAUGGCCCGCCAUUCUGAUUGUUUUAUUGCUUUGCCAGGUGGGUAUGGAACCCUUGAAGAGCUGCUGGAGGUGAUAACCUGGGCUCAGCUGGGCAUCCAUGAGAAGCCUGUGGGUUUGCUGAAUGUGGACGGGUACUACAAUUACCUACUCACCUUCAUAGAUAAAGCUGUUGACGAUGGCUUCAUCCAGCCUUCUCAGCGGCAAAUAAUCGUUUCUGCUCCGACGGCUAAGGAACUCGUUCAGAAGCUUGAGGACUACGUGCCUAUGCACGAUCAAGUCGUCGCAAUGGCGAGGUGGGAGGUUGAGCAGGCGGAGUUUAAUGCAUCUCUGCAGACUGAGGUUGCUCGCUAGUUGAGGAGAGAGCAUGGAAAGCGGAGGGAAGAAAUUGAACGUCUAUUUUAUCUUUUUUGGCUUUCCCUUCUUUUGCUUUUUUUUUUUUUUUUUUUGCUCAGACGCUAUUUCUCUGGAGUCUGAAUCCUUUCGUGAUUUUUGUAUGUAUGCUUGUAUAUGAAACUAAAUCGCGCUGACAAAUUAAGAAAAGAAAGGGAAAAUUUUCGCUUCUGCAAUAAUGGGAUUAGAACUUCAGGUUUUUUCUUU